CGUUCCUUAAACCAAAUACACCACAAAUUUCUUCAAAACAAACAAACACGAUACAUACUGGUUCUGUGCACAAAAAAGGCACGGACUGCUUCUUUUUCUAUUUUUUGUUGUGUGCACAGAAUCGAGCGGCUACAAUAAUCAAGAUCAUCAAGACAAUGGAGCACGGUGCCGUCGCCGGGAAGCCCAAGGUGGUGUUCGUGCUCGGCGCCACAGCGACAGGGAAGUCGAAGCUCGCCAUCGCCCUCGCCGAGCGCUUCAACGGUGAGGUUAUCAACGCUGACAAAAUCCAGGUCCACGAUGGCGUGCCCAUCAUCACGAACAAGGUCACAGAGGAAGAGCAGGGCGGGGUGCCCCACCACCUGCUCAGCGUCCGCCACCCGGACGCCGACUUCACUGCGGAGGAGUUCCGACGUGAGGCGGCCAGCGCCGUGGCCCGCGUGCUCUCGGCGGGCCGCCUCCCCGUCGUGGCAGGCGGGUCCAACACCUACAUCGAGGCACUGGUGGAAGGCGACGGCGCCGCCUUCCGCGCGGCGCACGACCUCCUCUUCGUCUGGGUGGACGCGGAGCAGGAGCUGCUGGAGUGGUACGCCGCGCUGCGCGUGGACGAGAUGGUGGCCCGCGGGCUGGUGAGCGAGGCUCGCGCGGCGUUCGGCGGCGCCGGGGUUGACUACAACCAUGGCGUGCGCCGCGCCAUCGGCCUGCCGGAGAUGCACGCCUACCUGGUGGCGGAGCGCGAGGGCGUCGCUGGGGAGGCCGAGCUCGCGGCCAUGCUGGAACGCGCGGUGCGCGAGAUCAAGGACAACACCUUCCGCCUCGCGCGCACGCAGGCGGAGAAGAUCCGGCGCCUCAGCACGCUCGACGGCUGGGACGUCCGCCGCAUCGACGUGACCCCCGUGUUCGCGCGCAAGGCCGAUGGCACUGAGUGCCACGAGCUGACUUGGAAGAAGCAGGUGUGGGAGCCGUGCGAGGAGAUGGUGAGGGCUUUCCUCGAGCCGUCCCUGACUGCCGUUCCAGGUGUUGCAGUAACUGAAGAAGGGAACGCCGGCGUCGUCGCUACUGCUGCACCCGCUGGUGAUGUCGUCGUCCCAACUGGCGAUGUCGUCACCGCCGUGGCUGAUGCAUAAGUAGCUAGCGGACGUAGCGCAUGCAUGCAAUGCAUGCAGGCUGGCUGGCUGGCUUAAUUAGUGCCUCCGACUUGCUUUAAACUCAUGUAGCUGCGUCCAUGGGAGAGGGUGAGAUACAAGUUUAUGCGACUUAUAUUUCUUUCUAAAUUUAAAUGGAUCUCGGAUCCGUAGUAUCUGGUUUAAUAUAAUUAUAAUAUUUCCUUCGAAUUAUUAUA